AUGGGAGUGAUCGAUGUGGAAGCCAAGUCAACCAUUUAUGUGGUUCUGGCAUGCUUCAUUGCUGCCAGUGGUGGUCUGCUGUUCGGCUAUGACGGUGGGUGCACGGGCGGAGUGGAAAGCAUGAAGCAGUUUGCGCAGAUGUGGUUCCCAUCUACUGCUGAUGUUCAGGACACCGACUUCUACUGCAAAUUCAACGACAAACCACUGCAGGCAUACAGCUCAGUAAUGCACUUCACUGGUGCCAUUGCCUCGCUCCCUGCGAGCUAUGUGACUCAGCACUUUGGGAGGACUAUGUCCAUGAAAGUGGCUGGCACAGCCUACAUCCUUGGCAGCAUACUUCAGGCAGCGGCGUCGCGCACAAUAGCGAUGCUGUUCAUCGGCCGAAUCCUGUGGGGAAUUGGUGUGGGCUUUGGCGACCACUGCGCCUUCAUCUACACCAGUGAGAUGGCACCCCCGAGGUGGAGGGGACGCCUCAACACGCUGGUGCAGUGCGGCACAAUCACGGGCAUUGUCAUUGCUUCGGCAAUAAAUAUUGGCACCAGCCGCGUGGUCUGGGGUUGGCGCAUCUCUCUUGGUCUGGCCGCGGUGCCCGGCUCCAUCCUGCUCCUUGGUGGCAUCUUCCUGCCGGACACGCCCAACUCGCUGGUGGAGCGGGGCCACAUUGAGAGGGGCAGGGCCGUACUGCGCCGCGUGCGCGGCACUCGCGACGUCGACGUGGAAUUCUCCAGCAUCCUGAUUGCCAACAAAGCCACGCAGCACACCGAGAACCCGUGGCGCAGCAUUGGCAGGCGGCGGAAUAGGCCACAGCUGGUGCUGGCAAUUGCAAUGCCUUUCCUUCAGCAAUGGAGUGGCGUCAAUGCUGUCAGCUUCUUUGCACCCCAGAUCUUUGCAGGUGUGAGCGCGUUCAAAACGAGCGGGAUCGAGGGGCCGCUGUAUGCAGCACUGCUGGUGAAUGGAGUCCAGUGGAUUGCCACAAUCGUCACGGUCAUCUGUGUGGACAAGGCACGCCCCCUGACGGCCUCUGUGGGCCGGCGUUCGCUACUCAUCAGCGGGUCACUGUUGGGCCUGGCGGCUGACUUUGCUGUGGCCAUCGUCUUCGCACUGUCCUACAGCGGGGGCCCCUACCUGCCCACCGGUGCCUCCAUCGCCGCCAUUGUGCUGAUCAGUCUCUACUCCAUCUCCUUCGGUUUCUCCUGGGGCCCCAUUGGCUGGCUGAUCCCCAGUGAGGUGCAUGAUCUGCACACCCGCUCUGCUGGGCAGUCCAUCACCGUCUUCACCCAGCUGCUCUCUGGCGCCAUCGUGACACAGGUGUUCCUGAUGAUGAUGUGCAACCUGAAGUGGGGAGUCUUUGUCUUCUUCGGCCUCUGGCAGACUGUUGCCCUUGUGUUCACUGUUCUGCUGGUGCCAGAAACUCGUGGCGUCCCAAUUGAGAAGGCACGCUCUCUGCUCCGCUACUUUUCCCUGGAACCAUGUGCCAGUGCAUCCAAAUUUUAG